AUGUCUUUUUACAGCAUAGAAUGGUCUUCUCACACCAAAAACAAUAAAGACAAAGAAUUUAGUAAAGAAAUGCUAGCUAAAGGUCUGAUGGCAAUCAUCCAUUCCAAUGAUGCUGGUGCAUUUCCAAGAGAUUUGUGGAUAGAUGCAGUCUUUUGUAUUUACGACUUCAAAAAUAUUGAAAACACAGGAUUUGACAAUUGUAAAAGUCUAAGACAACACGCGGAAACAUUUCCGGAGUUAUUCUAUUUCAUAAAAAGUAAGGACCAGUACUUUAUGAAACAAUACAUAAGAAACUUGGUUUCUCUAAAUCCAUUCGUGGUAAUUGACGAUAUUAUUUACGAAAAGCUCUCCUUUCUUGAUGACAAGGUUGUGUCCAGAAAUGUACUGUUUUGGACACAUCAGCUGCUACUAUACAGAAGUUUUUCCAGAACAACGCUCAAGCACAUAUUCAAUAAUGUCGUGUAUCUUGACUUUGAAGGAGAUAACGAAGCCAAUUUCUACAAAUAUGGAAUUUUGAUGGAAAUUGUCAAACAGUAUAAGGUUGGGGAUCUGAGAAUAGCAGAAAAUGCAGUCAACUCCGAACAAAGUCUGCAUCAGCUAGCUGCACAACGCAAUAGUGGCAUGGCCAAUAGUAUUAAAGAAGAUUGUGCAAUGAUAGACACUUCAGAGCUAGAUGAGGAUAAAGUUAAAGAUAGACUUGUGGAUGAGUUUUUGGACAACAAGGAUGUUGGAAACGAUAAUACACAAGUGUUAGCCAACAUAAUCUGGGAAAAUACUAUUUUAAUUCUAGAAGGUAUCUUGUGCAGGAGCCUAGACCGUAAAGUACAUUUAUCUGGGGUAUUCAAAGACUUUGAUGAUCCAAACUGCUUUGAAGCCACGUGCAUCGUUGAGUUGUUUUCUGUGAUAAUUGAAAACACUGCACAGUUUUAUCAAAACAGGAUAUCAAAAAGCGUUGGUGUUUUGCAGAACAUGAAAAGCUUGCCGUCGUUUGAGCGUUUUAUUGAAAAAAUCACUGAAAACUUUGAAAAAUCCGAAGACUUAUUGAAUGCUAUUUCAGGUCGGAUUGGGAGCUAA